AUGUUAUCAGGCUCACAUCAAUCCUCAAAUAGAAAUACCGACGAUGGUAGUUUUGGUCAUCAUGCUGUUGAACGAUUGGAGGAUGCUCUACUGAAAUUAGAAAAUGAAAAAGUGAAUGCUUUAUCAGAUGAAGUUGCUUAUUUAAGACAAUUGAUAGAGUUUCAAAACAAUAAGAUCGAGAGAUUGACUACUAUUAUCACUGAUUAUUUUGGUAAUAAGAAUCAAGAGUCUAUUCUUAACUCAUUACUGAAUGUUCAAGAUAAUGUAUUGGACCAUGAUCAUGAUCAAGUUAAUGAAGUUCAAGAACAAGUUCGUAAUCAAGUCGAUCAACAAGUGUUAUCAUCCCAUCAAGAUAUUGGUCAACUGGCUUUAGAUGGUAAUAUGGAUCCUCAAUUACAACAAGUUGCCGCUGCUGCCGCAGCAGUACAAGCUCAUGAACAAGCACAACAACAAGCGCAUGUUGAACAUCAAGAAAAGACUAAGAAACAACAUAAACGUAAACAUGAUAUAACAUCUGAUCAAGCUGGGAAUAAUUCUGAUAUUUCGAGAUCAUCAAGUAAGAGACCUAAUAUAGUGGUUGAUUUCUUACAAAAUCCCGCAUCAGUUAAAGAAAUAUAUGAAGAAUUUACUAAAGGAUUCCGAGGUCAACCACCAUUGAAAGAUAUGGAUGUAAAGUAUGGAAAACAUGAAUGGAGAGGAGAUUCAAGAUCGAAAGAAUCAAAGAGAUUUCAAAGAAGAAAGAAGUUAUGUGAUGCCAUUGAUCGUGGAAGUAUUAAAUACGGUAAACAAUCUGAUGAAAUCAUCAGUUAUAUUGAAGAAUUCAGAGGUGAAAAGUCUUUGACAUGGGUUAUGAAUGGUAACUUACCUAGUGAUUUACUUUCAUGA